UUUUACUCUUUCACAAUGCUGGUACCGAAGUUUCCUCUAUAUUUCCAACUGAAAUGAGUGAUUCUAGAAUAUUAACGUCGUUGACAAUUUAUGCGGGGUGUGUGCUCUAUAUUUUGAAACACUACAAAACGAUGUACUAAUAUGUUUCUUACAAUAAUCUUAGCAAAUUCCUACCUAAUAACUUUAUUUCGGAACAAGUGUUGUACAUGGUGAGGAAUGAAUGUGUAUAAAUUGAUCUAAGUUGGCUUUCAAUAAAGGGAACAAAUCUUGAAUAUACAAUAAGGAUAUCAGAAUGGCAACUUUGGAGCAACAAGCUUCUAAACUUUUGGAUUUUAACCAAAAACUAGACAUCGACUUGCUAGAUAACAUUGUUGGAUGCCUGUACUCAACGGUCGGGGAACAACAGCGAAUCGCUCAGGAUAUACUGACUGCCCUAAAAGAACAUCCUGAUGCCUGGACUCGUGUUGACACUAUACUUGAGUACUCCCAGAACCAGGAGACAAAAUAUUACGCAUUGCAAAUAUUAGAACAGGUUAUUCAAACAAGAUGGAAAAUAUUACCAAGAAACCAAUGUGAGGGUAUUAAAAAAUAUAUUGUUGGUCUUAUUAUUAAGAACUCGUCUGAUCCUGUUACAAUGGAAAACAAUAAAGUAUUUUUAAAGAAGUUGAACAUGAUUUUAAUCCAAGUUUUGAAGAGAGAAUGGCCUCACAACUGGGAGACAUUCAUAAGUGACAUUGUAGGUGCAUCAAAGACUAAUGAGAGUCUGUGUCAAAAUAAUAUGGUUAUUUUAAAAUUACUAAGUGAGGAAGUGUUUGUGUUUAGUACAGGACAACUCACUCAGACUAAAGCAAAACAUCUUAAGGAUACCAUGUGCACAGAGUUCAAUCAAAUAUUCCAACUUUGUCAGUUUGUGCUUGAAAAUUCACAAAACGCACCAUUAGUGGAUGCAACUCUCCACACUCUAUUGAAAUUUUUAAAUUGGAUUCCUCUUGGUUAUAUUUUUGAAAUGAAAUUAAUAAGUACAUUAAUUUUCAAGUUUCUUAAUGUACCAAUGUUCCGUAAUGUGACAUUGAGCUGCUUAACAGAAAUUGCAGGUGUGACUGCAAGCAAUUAUGAAGAUCAAUUUGUUGCUUUGUUAGUACAAACCAUGGAACAAUUGGAGGUUAUGCUUCCUCUAACCACUAAUAUACGAGAAGCUUAUGCUGCAGGCAGAGACCAGGAACAAGUCUUUAUACAAAAUCUUGCUUUAUUUCUAUGCACUUACUUAAAAGAACAUGGUGCAUUAAUAGAAAGAAGAGGGCUCACAAACACCUUGAUGAAUGUUUUAAGAUAUCUUGUGCUGAUAUCUGAGGUGGAUGAUGUAGAAGUGUUUAAAAUUUGUUUGGAGUUCUGGCAUGCUUUGACGGCGGACUUAUAUAAAAUAGUACCAUGUGCACACUUAUCCAACUAUACUUUGGGAAAAAGUAUAUGCAGGAAAACAUUGUAUUCAGAUGUCCUUAGUAGUGUUCGCUAUAUUAUGAUCUCUAGAAUGGCUAAGCCAGAAGAAGUGUUGGUGGUAGAAAAUGAAAAUGGUGAGGUUGUAAGAGAAUUCAUGAAGGAUACAGAUUCAAUCAAUUUGUACAAAAAUAUGAGGGAAACUUUAGUAUAUUUGACUCAUUUGGAUUACCAAGAUACAGAACGUAUCAUGACAGAAAAAUUGCAAAAUCAAGUCAAUGGAACAGAAUGGUCAUGGAAGAAUCUAAAUACAUUGUGUUGGGCAAUUGGAUCUAUUUCAGGGGCUACUUCAGAAGAAGAUGAAAAACGAUUCCUAGUUGUUGUCAUCAAAGAACUUUUGGGUUUGUGUGAACAGAAAAAAGGUAAAGAUAAUAAAGCUAUCAUUGCUAGUAAUAUAAUGUAUGUGGUUGGACAGUACCCACGUUUUUUAAGGGCUCAUUGGAAGUUUUUGAAAACUGUCGUAAAUAAAUUAUUUGAAUUUAUGCAUGAAACUCAUGAAGGUGUUCAGGACAUGGCCUGUGACACAUUUAUAAAAAUAGCUCUGAAGUGUCGUCGUCACUUUGUUACCACUCAAGUCGGGGAAGCAUGUCCAUUUAUAGAAGAAAUUUUAAGCACAAUUAGUUCUAUUAUUUGUGACUUGCAAACAUUACAAGUGCAUACUUUCUAUGAAGCUGUGGGAUACAUGAUCAGUGCACAAGUGGAUCAAGUUGCUCAAGAGCAACUUAUCGAAAAGUACAUGUUAUUGCCAAAUCAAGUGUGGGAUGACAUAAUAUCUCAAGCAUCACAUAAUGUUGACAUUCUUAAGGAUCCAGAGGCUGUCAAACAGCUAGUAAGCAUUUUGAAAACUAAUGUGCGUGCUUGUCGUGCAUUAGGCCAUCCAUAUGUUGUUCAACUGGGAAGAAUAUAUUUAGAUAUGCUAAAUGUUUACAAAGUCAUGUCAGAAAAUAUUAACCAGGCUAUAGCACUUAAUGGUGUUGUUGUUAAUAAACAGCCCCUUAUCAAGAAUAUGAGGAUAAUAAAAAAAGAAACACUGAAGUUGAUUGCUAGCUGGGUGUCAAGGUCAACUGAUAACAGCAUGGUUUUGGAGAACUUUAUUCCGCCCCUUUUAGAUGCUGUCCUCUUAGAUUACCAAAGAACAGCAGUGCCUGAUGCACGAGAACCAGAAGUGUUAUCUUGUAUGGCAGCUAUUGUCUAUAAACUUGGAGGACAGAUCACUUCUGAAGUACCAAAAAUAUUUGAUGCAGUUUUUGAAUGUACACUUGAGAUGAUAAACAAAGAUUUUGAAGAAUAUCCUGAACAUAGAACAGAAUUUUUCUUGUUAUUGCAGGCAGUGAAUACAAAUUGCUUUAAGGCAUUCCUGAGCAUACCACCAGCACAAUUUAAAUUAGUGUUGGAUUCCAUUAUUUGGGCAUUUAAGCACACUAUGAGAAAUGUGGCAGAUACAGGCCUACAAAUAUUGUAUAGGUUGCUGCACAAUGUUGAACAACAUCCGCAAGCAGCACAGAGUUUUUACCAAACUUACUUUUGUGACAUAUUGGAGCAUGUGUUCAGUGUAGUAACUGACACGUCACAUGGGGCUGGACUCACCAUGCAUGCAACUAUUUUAGCACACAUGUUCUCAUUGGUGGAGACGGGCCGAGUUACAGUACCUCUUGGACCUGCACCAGACAAUGUUAUUUACAUUCAGGAAUACGUGGCUAAUCUCCUCAAAACAGCAUUCCCGCACUUAACAGAUAAUCAAAUAAAAAUCACAGUACAAGGGUUAUUUAAUUUGGACCAAGACAUCCCGGCUUUUAAGGAUCACUUGAGAGACUUCUUGGUACAAGUAAGAGAGUACACAGGUGAAGAUGAUAGCGACUUGUAUUUGGAAGAGCGUUUAUUCGUGCUUCGUCAGGCUCAGGAGGAAAAGAGAAGAGUACAGCUAUCAGUGCCGGGUAUCCUAAAUCCACACGAGCUGCCAGAAGAGAUGCAAGAUUAAGUGAACAAUUGAUAUGUCUAAAAAUGUUAACAGUUCACCCAAUAUUUACCGAUAAGUAUAUUAUAAUACAUGAUUUUCAAUUAAUAAACAGGUUGGUAAAAUACUUUGGAAUAUAACUGUAUUAAGUAUGUUGUUUCCCUUUAAAACUCUAGGAAUAAUUUAUGUUGCUAUUAUACUACUUUCCUUUUGCUGCUAUGGUGCAAUUUAUAGAUAGACUCGGAAUUACACCGAUUUUGCGUUUUGAAUAAGCAUCUAAACAAUAUAAUUUAGUUAUGAAAUAAGUAAAGGAGGAUAAUGACAAAAUAUACAAUUAUUUUCAUUAAAAGCAUUUUCAUUUUAAAAUAUUUUAAAUUAAAAAUUGCAUGCCUAUUUGUUGUUCACAAUGGGUGUAUUUAAUAGAGUAAAUAUUUGUUUCUCUAAGUAAUUUUAUAGAAUAUUUCUAUACAAAAUUUAAUUUAAAGUAACACAUAAGUUAACAGUUAUGAACGACAAAUUCACCGAUAAUAUCUCGUACACUAAUAUUAAAUCCUCUUUAAUUUUCUUAUAACUACAAUUGAAAAAAUUUUAAUUGUUACUUUGGGUACUAAAUGUUCACAUUACAAAAACUAUAAAUACCUUAUAAAAACAUAUUUUUGUGGACAUUUACAUAACAGACACAAUUCUAUAAAAUAAUAGACAUGUAGGCACUGUCAGUGGCAACUGGUUUGUGAAAAUCACGUUAGAAAUGUUUUUACAUUAACUACUUUCAAACAUAGCUAAAUGUUUAUUGCUACUCACUGACAGAUUUUAAUUUACUGCGCUAGUAUUAAGAAUCAGUUCAGCGGACUCAAAUGUUGGUAACAUUGUCAAGUAAGUGGAUACUUAAGAAAACUACAUUUUUUUAUCUAUAAAUAAUUUCAAAGGGAAUAUAAAAUUUGGAUUCUUUUUACACAAUGAUACUAACAAUUUUUAGUUUUUAAGACAUUAGGUGAACUGUUUUCAUUUUGGUAUGUUUGUAUCUUGCACUUGUAAAAUAUCAUUCUAUCAUGUUAGUUAUGUUAUCAGUAUGUACAGAGGACCGCAUGGAACACUGCAAGGCGAUGAAUGCUAGUGGAAGAUGUGAAGUCAUUAAGUGAAAGUAUAUUUUGUAAGUGCAAGAUAGUUCUGCGCCUUCAGUAAUAUAAUAGGCAGGAAAUAUGCAUAAAUUUAUGUUGCUAGAAGAAUAAAUAGAAUGUUACUAUGAUUUUAAAUAAUCAUCAAAUGUAAGUAAUGAUAUGUCUGUGAUGGAAACUAGUGUUGGACAUCAACAUAUUGUGCGAUGCAGAAUCUGAGUAUUACAUGUAGAUUCUAGGAAAACUUUAUGAAGUGAAUUGCUGUUAGUAAUUAUUUUUUAUGUUUUGUUUAAUGUUGCCAGAACUAAUUUUAUAAUGGUUUGGGAAUCUAAUCAUUUAAGGUAAGGUUUCCGAAUGCAUUUUGGGUCCGAUUAACUAUCAAUCUUACAUUUUGCGUUUGAAAUAAAUGAUAAAUAUCA